AUGCAGUCUCAUUCCCUGUCGUCGUCAACCAGGCCUGGCGCAUCGCCAAUGCCCUCCCAUGCAGGCAUUAACACGCAGACAAAAGUUAUUGACACCGUUGCUGGUCGAAUACUCUGCAUAGCCGAUGUUCGCGGCCGUCUGUCAAGCCUCAAUGACAUGGCCAGAGAAGUAAAUGCAAAGGCUAUUAUUCACACGGGAGACUUUGGGUUCUUCGAAUCUUCAAGUUUGGAAAACAUCAACGACCGCACUUUAAAGCACCUCACUCAAUACUCUCCAUUAAUCCCAAAUGCUCAGCGUAGUUCGCUUCUCGCACCAGACACGCCACCGCAAGCAAUUCGCGCAGCAAUGACGAUUUCCCUUCUGUCCGAAUUCCCCUUGCUCCUCUCCGGCCAGAUUAAACUCAGCGUGCCAGUGUUUACCGUCUGGGGAGCAUGCGAAGACGUAAGGAUACUCGAGAAAUUCCGUCAAGGCACAUACGACAUCGAAAACCUACACGUUCUUGACGAAGCAACAACACGCUGCUUGGACAUCGGCGGCGUCAAGCUCCGAAUUCUCGGACUCGGAGGCGCCUUUGUCCCUCACAAGAUGUUCGACAACGGCGACGGUAACGCUACCAUCGCUGGCGGACAAGGAACAAUGUGGACUACAGCUCUACAAAUCGGUGAACUCGUCGACACUGCGCAACGUGUUUACGACCCCUCUGAGACUCGUCUUCUCGUCACACACGCAAGCCCAGGACGUGAAGGGAUCAUCGCGCAGCUCUCUCUCGUCCUAAAAGCGGAUCUUACCAUCUCCGCAGGCCUUCACUUCCGCUACACAAGCUCAUGGAACGAGUUUAGCGUCCAGGGUGACUUUGAAGGGUUCCGCCACAAAAUUAUUAAUGGCAAAGAAAGCUUCAGCAAAAUUUGGGAAAGUGUCAAGCCGCAAGUAGAAGCUGUCGUUGAUGAGAAUCAGCGUAUACUCUUAGAGAAGGCGCUUAGUGUUAUUGAGAGGGUGCCUGCUGUGCAACCGCAUAUUGGUCCUGGUGGCACAGCAACGGGUGAUGAACCAGCGUGGAAGAAUUGCUGGAAUUGGAAUCUGUGUGAUGCUGCGUAUGGAUCAUUGGUACUUGACAUCAAGGAAGGACGAGUAAGCGCUGAGAUCAAGAGCCAAGGAUUCAACUACGCAUACCGCCGAAGCGUGAACACAAACGCAACUCCCAACUCCGGUACAUCCACUCUACCAAACAAUAUAGCACCAUCUUCAACCGGUACACCAGCGCCUCAGAGUCAGAAACCCCAAGUCGUCGCUCCAACACAAGCAGCAGCAGCGAGAUCAAACGGACCAUCCGCCGCACCGACCCCACCCCCUCAAAUAAACCAAAACCAACAACAACAAGGAUCAACAGCAACCUCAGGUAAAGAAACCCCAAAAAGCUCAUGGGGAAACAAGACACCCGCAGGUACCGACACUCCUGACAAAGCCGAGAGCGACAAACAAAAAUGGGUUCGGAAAGACAAAAAAAGCUUUAGCAAGAAAGACGGGACCAACAAAGACGGUGAAGACGGUGCACCCGAUAACACUACUAGUAGGCCGCAAUCCGCUGCUCCGCAAUCAGGUAAAGCUACACCUGUAGCAGGCGGUGGACCACCAGAUAGCAUCGCACUCCCGAUGUCACCUACUUCCGGAGCUGAUAGCCCUGGAACUCAGACACCGAGAAAACGUCAUCCGUGGACGCUUUUUAUGAGAUAUGAUGGGCAUCAUACUGAGGAGCAGAUUAGGGGGUACUUUUAUGAUAAGAAGGAAGAGCCUCAGAAAGUCCACUUCCCACAAAACUACGGAAAGCCCACCCGAACGGCAUUCGUCGAUUUCCAUACAGAGGCAGGGAUGAAAGCUGGUUUGGCAAACCACGCGGAGAAACUAAAAUCCGACGACUCCUCAGACUCAACAGUCCACACAGUCGUCCAAGCCGACGACCGUGACACCGCACACCAACAUCAACAUCAACGAGGAAGUGGCGACGGUUCAUCUGGCAGUGGUUUCCGCGGUGGAAGAGGGAGGGGACGCGGAGGGAGUGGGUUCGCUGCGAGGGGUUUCGCUGCUGCUGGGUUGACGAGGCAGCAGGUUCAGGCUGAUAGACAGCAGGCGCAACAGCAGGCGCAGAGUCAGAGUCAGCAGGGGGAGAAGAAGGUUGAGGCGACUGCGUAG